UUAGAACAACCUCGUUCGCUGUGCUCAUAAGAAUCAAAGGCCGUAUUUGGUUUUGGUGAUGGAGAUGAGUAUGUUGGCUCCUUCCUUCCCUGGCUUCGCUAAACCCUCUGCAACUGUAAAACCUUCUCUUCUUACGCUCAGGGCAUCUUCUCUGCGCCAUGACUACCCUCUUGCGAGCAAAAUUGUUGUUAAGAAUUUACCCUAUUCUACUGGUGAGAUUACUUUGCAAAAGGAAUUUUCUAAUUUUGGAAAGAUAGCUGAAGUUAAAAUGGUUAAAGAUAUGAAAACGAAAAGAUCCAAGGGUAUUGCUUUCAUUCAAUAUACAUGCCAAGAUGAUGCCAUGCUUGCACUAGAAACCAUGGAUCAGAAGGAUUUUUAUGGUCGAACAAUCUAUGUGGAAAUUGCUAGAUUGGGUUGGGAUUGUUUUGGUGCAACCCCAAGGGCCUCAGGACCCCCAAAGAAGUGGAAUUUGCCAGAGCAAGAAGUGGUAGAUUGUUGGUACUGAUCAAAAUUCAUAAUUGAGGGAAGCUGUAGAACAGAAAAUGAUGAAGUAACAAAUAUCAAUUUAUAAAAAUAUGGCUAUACAAGUUAGGGUUUGAUGGAACAUGUUUUUGUAAUAAUAUUGAUGCAAUACUGUACUUGAUGUAAUCUUUCAUGCACUCUUGAUUUUGGCACAAUAAAAUUAACUUGAUCUA